GGAUUGAAGGGGUUUACUGAACAGCUCUCAGCAUGGCCGAAAACAUUCGCCUUGUACUACGUUUUAAUUUCUAAUUUGAGUUUUGAGCACGUUUUGAGCCUCGGAAUGAGGAGUGGAUUAAUGCCGUGUAAUAAUUAGUAUUCUAUGACCGUGAUAAUUAGUGUCCACGGCUAAACAGAUUGAGGUGUUGAGGGCUGCGAUCAAGUAAUUUUGGAUUGUGGUUUAAUCUCAAUCUUCGAGGGGAUAGCAAUAGGUGCUCCAUUAUCUGAGUCCUGUUUUGUCUCUUCAUAGGCUUGAAAGUCUGAGGCUGCUGUUAAAACUUGGUUCGUCUUCAGCUACAAUAUGCCCUCAAAGCUGCGAAAGGUGGCGGUUCUUGGUUUUCGUUCGGUCGGUAAAUCGUCUCUGUCUAUUCAGUUUGUAGACAACCAGUUCGUCGACUCCUAUGAUCCAACUAUUGAAAACACGUUCUCAAAGGUGGUGAAGGUGCGAGGUCAGGACUACGAAAUUAAGAUUGUGGACACGGCUGGUCAGGACGAGUAUUCCAUCAUGCCGAGUCAGUACACGAUGGACGUUCACGGCUACGUGCUGGUCUACAGCAUCAACUCUCAGAAAAGCUUCGAAGUAGUCCGCUCGAUCCACGAUCGGCUGCUCGACCUCACCGGCGAAGUCAACCUCCCUAUGGUUGUUGUUGGAAACAAAACGGACCUUCAUCGUGAGCGUGAGAUCACGUACGAGGAAGGCAAACGACUGGCCGAUCAGUGGGGUGCCCUCUUUCUCGAGACGUCAGCAAAGCGAAAUGAGUCGGUGGCGGAUGUCUUCAGCCAGCUCGUUGUUGAAAUGGAGCGGGCCGACGGCAACGCCCCCAAGGACUCCAACUGUGUCAUCCAGUGAGGCAAGCUCUCCUCGGCGGCAAGUAGUGAUUUUGGCGUCCCGUGGGAGGACGCUGGCCCGGCCGUGUCAGAUUCAGUGAAGUCGAUAUCGCGGCGCGGGUCGGGCGUUGGCGUGGGAGGGUAUGUAUGUGUGUGUGCGGGUGGUUGUUGGUAUGUAUGCAUUAUGUGCGUAUAUGUGUGUGUGUUUGAGAGUAUGAGCGUUCGUAUUUGUUUGUACGCGCCCGCCCAAGGACGCGAGCUGUCGUGGAGCAAGUAACAAGGCGGAGCUCGUUAUAUCGUUGACAUAUUCAAUCGAGCCGAGAUGUUCCGCUGCACAUGUCGGUGCGUAGAUGGGAAGUGGGGUUCAUGCAUUUUUAUGAUACUAAUUCAAUAGACUUUUCCUUGUCUUUGAAUUAUUCGUCGUGGGUUCAACACACUGGAGCACCACUAAUUGUGUGGUGGAGGCGGCUGAUGUUAUUUUAACUCCAGUGCUUUGCAUACUGUGACUGACGAAUGGAUAUCGCACGACUCUUACUAGUGAUGAACGUCGUGCCGCAGUCUUGUGCUAGACAUUGUCGGCUUUGUGCUUGGUCAAUGUUCCGGAUAAGACUCUUAUAGUUUUUUUUUUGUGGAAACAUUGAGAUGAAUAAAUAAAUAUAUGGUG